AUGGCGCCCGAGAUCAUCAAGAAUCGCUACGAGGUCUUGAACAUGUUGGGUGAGGGAUCCUAUGGUCAAGUGUUCAGGUGUUUCGACCUCAAGGAAAUGAAGGAGGUUGCACUGAAGGUGUCCGACAAGACUGUUUGUUUGACAAAGCAGAACAAGUACCGUGAGGCCGUCUUCCUGAAGCAGCUGAAGAACAGCAGCAUCAUCCGGUUCGAGGAAGAUUUUGUCAUCGAAUUCGAACAUUUCUUGGUCCUUGAGUACAUGAGCAAGGGGAGCCUUUGGGAGGUGUUUAAGAAUGGAGCCUUGCCUCUGGCCAAUGUCCGGCGCUACGCCCGGUCCGUGUUGAAAGGUCUGAAGUUCCUAAAGAAGAAAGGCGUGGUGCAUGCAGACAUCAAGGCGGCUAACAUCCUCGUCAAAGACCACGAGAUGGGGACAAUCAAGCUGGCUGACUUCGGAUUGAGUUUCUUCGAGAAUGAGCUGGUCGACCACCUCGUUUCUACCCAAGGGUACCGGGCCCCCGAGGUUCUGCUGAACCUACAGGUUGGCACGCCGCUCGACAUGUGGUCUGCCGGCUGCAUCUUCGCAGAGCUGUCCACUGGGCAACAGCUUCUGCCAUGCUACAGCGACUUGCACGAGAUCGUGGGCAUCACGGAGUUGGAGCUCGCGUUGGUGGCUCAGCGGUAG